AUGAAGAGAUGUGGCAGAAGGGGGUUUUCGGUGAAGGCCUUUGCGCUCGCGCAAGUGGGGGUGGCAGUGUCGGGGGUCUGGGGGAACAUGGGCUUCAAUGGGGGUUGCCUCAGAAAGAGCAAGACGGCGGAUGUUUCUCUCUUGGUGUGACCGGUGGCAAUAUCGAUCAGCAAUGCCGCACAGACUUUUGCGCGCCGAAAUACGCGUGUGACAGCUUUAACCUAACCACUUCGGUGGAAAGCGGAUUUCUGUUCGAUACGGUGUCGGGAGUGCUGAAGGGGGGAGGGCUUGGCCCUUGUGGUUGCAGGUGGUAAGGAAGUGGGAACAGGGGGUGGCAGUGUCGGGGGUCUGGGGGAACAUGGGCUUGAGUGGGGGGUGUCUCAGAAAGAGCAACACGGCGGGUGUUUCUCUGUUGGUGUGACCGGUGGCAGUAUCGAUCAGCAAUGCCGCAAAGACGUUUGUGCGCCGAAAUAUGGGUGCGACAGCUUUAACCUAACCACUUCGGUGGAAAGCGGAUUUCUGUUCGAUACGGUGUCGGGAGUGCUGAAGGGGGGAGGGCUUGGCCCUUGUGGUUGCAGGUGGUAAGGAAGUGGGAACAGGGGGUGGCAGUGUCGGGGGUCUGGGGGAACAUGGGCUUGAGUGGGGGGUGUCUCAGAAAGAGCAACACGGCGGGUGUUUCUCUGUUGGUGUGACCGGUGGCAGUAUCGAUCAGCAAUGCCGCAAAGACGUUUGUGCGCCGAAAUAUGGGUGCGACAGCUUUAACCUAACCACUUCGGUGGAAAGCGGAUUUCUGUUCGAUACGGUGUCAGGGGUACCAGGGAAGACGGGGCCGAGUUUUGUUUGAUUUCGGGUGGAUGAGGUUGGGGUUUCGUUCGUUUUUCUCCAUCUAAGGUUCGUGCCUAGAGUUCAGCUGUAGUGUUUCGACCAAAGUUGUGUUGACUUUGAGGCAAACAUUCCUAGCUAUUGGGCAUCGAGUGAAUUUGGCUUGGCAUGACGGCCUUUCUUUACGAUCGAAUUUUUAUGUAUGUCUGCAUUUAUCUGCAAUUGUCGGAGUGCAAACA